AUCUUUCCUGGCUCAAAACCUAAACCUGGCCAUAUUAUUACUUUCUAUCUAGUUCAAAUGUAUCUUUCCUGGCUCAAAAACCUAAAUCUAGCGUUUGCUUUGGUUCCAGUCUUUUUGCAUUGCUCCGGGUGUCCGGACCUCGCUCAGUGAGAACUUACGACUUGCAGGAUCUUCUCGGCGACUUCACUAGACCGUCGUGUGAUAGGUGCGCCCGCACCAGUGUUGUCAUGGGGAUUUUAUCACGAUAUUGAACUUCUCUCCAAGACCAGAAACAGACUCAGCCAUCGUCUCGUUUGUCCUAUCCCGACAGCGGAACAGGGACACACACACAAGACUCUCAGACCCUGCUGGCGAGCCACAACAUCACCAGAUCAUCAUUACUCGCCCUUUCUGCGCAUGCGGCGAACUCGUCAAGCCAACUCCACAGCACUUGGGCACGGAAUAUCUCCCAUUAUUUUGGGGUUCUGUCGUCUCACGAGCCAACCUGGAGCAAUCCGAAAAUGAAACACAAUAGUCAAUUAUUUCUGCUUCUGCAACGUCCUUUCUGGCACGGACAGAAUUAAUUAAAUUGAGCCGAAGCUCGAAUUCUCACGUACCUGUCCAGCCCACUUGCAACCCAACCUCCAGCUACGGCCUAGAACAGGAUUCAGGUUAUCGAAUCUUCGUUUUGAUUGGUCGACGCUGUCUCACACCAGAAGUGUCCAUGUUUUUCUUAUAGAGCAAGCAGGGUGGUUUACAAAGCAGUUUAUAAAGAAAACAUUUAAUCCAUUGUUAGCAGGUAAAAAUAGUUCUCACAUUUCCCAAGGUAUAUUUUAAAUAGAGAUACAUGCAUAUAAUCAGGUAAAUAGAGACAGCUGAAAAACGUGUUUCUAAAAGUAUUUCGUUUCUUAAAAUUUAGAGGCAAUGAGAAACUCUGUAUUGGUAUUGAAUUAAUCGUUGAAUACUUCGGCUCAAUUUACUGAACCACCUGAAGGUAUCAAUUAUUCUUCGGUGUUUUCAGGAAGAACAAACAACACAGACAAGAUCCUUUCGCUAGCUGAUGAGCCUUUGAUAUUUCCUUUCUCCCGAAGCAUCGGCGGCGGAAUUUGUCACUCAGAAAAUAGUUCUGUUCUCUAGUCGCCUCAUCAGCCAGUUUGUUGGAAUGAGAGUAGUUCACUUCCUGUCUGAGUUCCCUCCGAGGUGUCAUCAAUAACUUACUUCCCUUGUCUGGGUGACUGCACUAGAACCACGGACUUAUUUUUUCUUUGAAAUCCAAAGAACGAACACUUUGGGAGAUUUUGCGAAAACAGAAGUGUAUAGAAGUGUACAUUAUCUUAUAUACGCACUCCGAGGUCGAAGACGGAACAACAACAACAACAAUAACAACAGAAAAUCCACCACCACCACCAACAACAACUACAACAACAACAACAACAACAAAACACCACCACACCAACAAAAACAACAUUAACAACAAUAACAUAGUUUUGACAAGAAAGGAGGAUACUUCGCCAAUACUAUACUUCUUCAAAAACAGCUCUUGUUCACUAAGGCUUGUCAUUUCACUUCACACAGCACCAUCGUUCGGAUAUCUACAACUGCUACAUCCUUUAUCAAAUCGGGAAAAUACAAGCUGCAUUGUCUUUAUAUUCUACGUAUCUCAAACCAGUGUCGUCAGUCAGAGAGAGUCAACGUCGUUCGGCACCUGAACUGCUUCAAUCUUCGUCCUUUUUUCUCGGCCUCUUCAAUAAUAUAAGCACUUUAAACCACGUUCUAGCUGCACGACCGGCACUACCACUUCAGUAACCACUUCAGCAAGAUCGACAACAGCAUCAGCAAUAAUUAUACCAACAUCAUCAUCAACAAUAACAGCGACAAAUAAAGAGACAAAGACUACAAUACUAUUGGCUGCAAUAAUCUCGGUAACAAAAAUAGCUGCUAAACCGAGAGUACGGGGGUUACGAAACCAAUCUCCCAAACUGCCUCAGAAUCACGGGUAACAACAGCAAUAAAAGCAACAACGAAAACAACAACAACAAAGAAGAAAAUUAAAAACAACAAGAACAGCAGCAGCAGUAUCGGAUAACCUUCAUCACCACCGCCUGCUCUACCACCUCACAGCGUUUGGAGCAUCACUCACAUCAGCUGCAGAAGAACAACACCAACUUCGCCAUAAGCAUCUGCGAAAGAAAAGAAACAAGAAGACCACUGCGGAAUAGACACCUGCGGAAAGAAAGAAAUAACAACGUAUACUGAGGCAUCUAUCGUUGCCUUUCUCACCCAGUACCAGAGUAUAGGCCACGGACAAACACUUUCCGCCUUUCUCGAUACACUGAGGGGCAUAGACAUCUGCAAAAGGAAAGAAACAGCAACACCAUACACUGGGGCACAGACAUCUGUAUAAGACAAAGAAACAACAGACACCACAGCAUCAGGACCAAGAACUAGCACAUCAUUACCAUCAUCAUGGGCGUGGGUAUCAGCACUCACGAGAUGGAGCAGGCGGCCAGGAGAAGAUCCAAGACCAUCGAUGACGGAUUAGAGGCCGAGAGACUGCGCCAGGCGAGGACGGUACGGGUGCUUAUGUUAGGUCUUCAAGGAGCAGGGAAAAGUACGUUGGCCAAGCAAGUCAGAAUGAUCCACGAGAAGGGGUUCCCGGACAAAGAGAAGGCCCUGUACAGAGAGAUUGUACGUCAGAAUGUGGUGAGCGCAGUGCUCGGGGUGCUCCAGGAGAUGGAGGCGCAGGAAGUGGCCUUCGACACGGACCAAAUGCAGAUUAUGUGACGUAGACGGCCACAGCUCGGUCAAGAAGAAAUGGCUACAGAACUUCGAGAACGUGUCCGCCAUCUUGUUCACUGCGUCCUUGGGUACUUAUGACAUCCGGAGCAAAGAGAAUGAGGAGCAG